GUCUCCGACCCGGCGUCGUCGCCAGUUAUCGGCGAACCGCGAUUCGAUCCUCGUCGUUUCGAGCCGCGCUAGCGACGAGAUGUAAACGCGACUCGAUAAAGUUUCCUCGUACACGACGUUGCUCUCGUAAACGUGGCGUGUCGGCUAUACACGCGUGUUCACUCGUUACACAGGACCAUAUUUUCUCGUGGUGCGAACAAAAACCCUUGGAUUUCGAGGCGUCUCGAUAUUAUUACAAAAUAUACUCAUCGCGAAAGGUGUUGUGUGUGCUACGAUCAUUUCUAUUCAUUUUCCUUUUUCUUUUUGUUUUGGAGCAAACUUGUUGUCUUUGGUUUUAUUCGGUGGUGACAUUUAGGACAUCGAGGUGUACGAUUCGAAAGGAUCGUGUGGUGGACAACGCUGGGAAGCACCAACUGCAGUUAGGUGAGUCAUUGGAGCCAUAAUUAAGCCACCAUUGUAUCGGGCUGUAAGAAAUAAAGGAUAGCAUGGUGUGUUAUGGCUCCUUGCGUAUUGCAGCUGUCUGUCAUAAUUGCUGAAGCUGCACCGAGAGCAACGUUUCGAAACAGAAGAAACCAAUGAACGUUGAUCUCUUCGUAACGCGAUCCUAACCUCAAACAUGUUCGCCUGAACGAUCGACUAACCAUCCUGUGGAACAGUACACCAGUGUGUAAAAUGCGGUGAUUUCAGGGUGGACGCGACAUCUGGAGAAAACUAGAGUGCAGUGCUACAAGCGAUUCGAAGAUGAAGUGGCCAUUAGUGCUGACUUGCUUUCUGCUGCCGCAUUCGUGCAUCCUUGGUGCAUCGCAUGCCUGUUGCGAGUUUCCGGCGCAGUGGAACGGCCAUUGGUUUCAAUCGGGGAUCGAGGGGCUGGUGACUGUGAACGGGUCCAUGAUGACCAGCAAGGGCCGCUGCAUCGAGACCAAAGACGACAAGUUCCUCAUUCAGGACACAGAGAUAGAUUGCUAUAGGUGCAUCGUCAUGCAUAUGAAGCAUCCGAAUGUUCUUCAGUAUAAAGAAACAUAUUGCAUCACAGCGUCGCCAAAACCUACUUUGCCAUUCAUAUGCAGCGAGUUGAGAAGCGAUGCCAUAUUAAUUUCCCUAUUUCGCACGGGGGCAGCUCCCAUGCCCUGUCCAUUUAAGGGGCCCCUAGAAUUCACUUAUAGUCAUGGCGAAGGGGAGUGUAAAUCGCCGUUAUCAGCGGCAGAAACCUGCACUCAAGAAUCGCGAUUGCUUUUCCGCUACCAGGCGUGUGCCAAUGUGCUGUCAUCCGAGAGCGUCGAUGUGGAACUGGAGUGCCUAGCCACGUGGAAGGAAAGUAGCACGCACAAUUUAGUGGCGAGGUUGCACGCUCCGCGGAAAACUAGCGACGAGGACAGCUAUAGAUGCUUCAUCUAUGAACAAACUUCGAACAAUUCGUGGAAUUUGGCGCAAAGUGAGGAUGCCUCUUGUACUGGCUUGAUCAGCGUUAAGGAGGCUGCCAAGACGUUCAAGAUGAAACAGAAAAAUUCAACUGAACGUUGCUCCUAUCCAUCAUGGGUGGUGGACAAUAAAUUGUGGGUGGCUCUGGAUCCGAUAGCAUCUCGACUACAGGCGUCACCUUACAAUCUAACGAUUGUAAAUCGACAGGAGACUCGUCUCGUGUGUCACUCCGUAGUCCCUCUUAACGAUCGUCAUGAGCAUCCUGACAGAGAGAAUCAGGUGCAGUACGUCGCCAAGGCUACCCUCGAUUGCACGAAUGGCUAUGUGUGCCUGAUGUUUCACAGAAGGGAUAGCCACAUAAUAGAAUUGCAACUGUCGGAAUGGAGCCAGCAGCCCGACGACGUGUGCAACUCGAGUACGUUCAACUCCCACUCAACGCCGUACACGACGUUCAUUACACCAGACCCAAUUACCAAGCAGUGCCCCAACCUUGGCCGUUACAAAAUUGUGUCUGUGCUACAUAAUCACAAUGGUGACAAAGCGGAGAACAUAUUGGGCAUGGAUGGUGAACCAAUGGUCAACGCUGCUGAGGUUCAAGAUGUCAGGGUCACAUCGACACCUUAUCCAGGACGGUGUCGCUAUCGACUAGAUAUCGGUUGCAAGACGCCGGAUCGUAUGGAGUUUGCUACAUCGUGCAACGACGAAACACCACCAGAAUAUUCGUGCCAUGGAACUUGGAUCGAGAACGACACAGCCUAUUUGGUAGCGAGCACCGAGAAAGGAAGAUACUGUCUCGUUUACAGUGCUUCUGCAGCGGCGACAGGAAGUCGCGAGCUCUCGGUGACGGGCCAUCUUGCUUCCUGUCCGAGGGCUUCUCAUCGUCAUGUAGUUUCAUGGCAGGUCAACCUCACGUCGUAUGCGCAAUGCGGCGACAUCUCGACGGCCACGUCGUGGACCUUCCGGAUUUCCGCCUCGGUUUACAUCUUGGCAGUACUGGGCACCUUGUUCGGCAGAUACAUCGCGAGGUGAUACCACUGAGUGAAGGAACUAGGCCACGUGACGGCUGUGUAGUACCAACCUACUACACAAAACUCGAGUCGUCGGUACAGCAACUACAAACAGCAACAACAAAAAGAAAAAAAAUCUCUAUAUAUAUAAAUAUAAAUAUAAAUAUAUAAAUACAAAGUAAAAAAAUAUAUAUAUAUAUAAAUACAAAGUAUAUAUAUAUAUUAAGCGGAACGAUUUACGAACGAAGGAAUGAACACGGAAUGCGUGUCGGGAGAAAGUAACCUAAAUAAUCAAGCGUAAAUAGCGUGUAAGUGUCCGUGGGUGCGAGUCGUGCAGAGAAGAGAGCGCGACAGAAAAAAUGAGAUAGGAGAGGAGAGAAAAAGAAGUUUGUUAGAGAACCUAAUCGUUGCUUGGAACAUGGCGGAUCCUUGGAUCAAACCUUCGAUGUACAUACAGAUAUGUGUACAUGUAUAUAAAAUUCACUUAAGGAAGCUUCGGUUUUAUUGGAGUAGUCGCUUCGGAAAGUAUUGUCUUCUUUUAAGGGUCAGGGAGAACCGAACCCUUCUGCAAACGAGCAUGUUUUCUUUAUAUGGCCGAAUUGGGUGAUGGGAUCUUGGGAGGUUUUCAGAGUAAUUGCUUUUGGCUGAAUUUGUGUCUUUCUUCUCUUUUUUAAACCUUUCUUUUAUUUGUCUAUGUAGAGUUUACUGGAUUAUUUGCGUUCUUUUAUUCGUCGAUCGGUGAAAAUGCUGUUAAGCGUGUUAUUUCUAGAUUAUUUUCCUAUCCGUAGAUGGGUAAAAUUAUUAAUUAUUGUCCACUGGUAUAAUUUCUUUUUUAAACUGCAUAAUAUUCGAAUUUCAAUUUAUUUCGAUAUUUUCAAAUUUGCCCAAAUAUUUCAUUCCAAUCAAUCUUUCGAUUUGCCUAGCAAUAUCGAAGUACACGUAAAACUUUCGAAUUUCAAAAAUCUCGAUCGUUAAAUUUCCCAAGCAACCCGAUUCCCCGCAAUUUACCUCGCUAAUUAGCAACCUCCCUGGCCGAAUGCAACGUGCAACGCAUCGCGCGAUUCCAAUUUAAAAAAAAAGCACGUACAGCAGAAACGCCGAAAAAAAAGGACAAAAAGGAAUUGCAAAAAAUCCUAACCGCUAAAAAUAUCGAAAAAAAACGAGAACUAAAGGGUGCUGGGGCCAAUAUUGUGUGCGUUCUGAGUGGUGAUACUAGCCCACGUGUUUGUGAGUGAGAAAGAACCAGAUAGCAAAACGAAGAUCCGAGAAAAUAAAAAGAGAAAAACAAAAAAAAAAGGAAGAAACGAGAGAAAACAGAAAGAAGCGAGUGUGAGAGAGAACGAGAAACUUAUGACACUUAUUUAGGUCCAGGACGUGUCCGCCAUGUUCGAAGUGGUGCGUGCUGUUCUCCAGGUCGAACAGAAAACGUGUAUUUGCUCGGAACAGGAACGUUUCAGCUGUAAUCGUACGCGUUUUAAUUAAAGUUCCACUGCACUCGAGCGAAAAGAGAGAGAAAGAGAGAAAGAAAGAAAAUUUUUCUGACGUAUGCGUGGAUAUGUAUGCGUGUGUACGAGUGUAGAAAUUUCAAAAUAACGAAGAGAAAGGAAAAUGGCGAAGAAACAGGUUUUUCGCUGCGUCACGAGUACCAAUGGCUGCUCAGAACGAUUAUUAUUAUUAUUACUGCCAUUAUUACGAUUAUUGUGUCGUCGUGAGAGCUAGAACGAAGGUGUAAAUGUGGACUUCUCUCUUCUUCUGUGGCUUCUUUCGCGUGGUUUUCUUUCAGUUCUUGCCACCCCUCGGCUUUCACUCGUGAAUUACCCCUAAUGUAUGGGUGAUUAGGCGACUUUGGAUCGUAAGACACGCCGAAAAAUAAUGUAACACUGUUACUAGGAGAAUACAGGCGGACUGUGGGAAUUUUUCCUGAUCCGAUCUGAUCCGAUUUACCUGAUCCUCUGGUUUACGAAUUUCUACCCUUGGUCGACUCUUAAAACGAAAAUGAGUUUGAACGGAUUGAAUGGAUUUUGUUUCAUUUAUGAUUAAAAUAGAUUUAAUGAGUAUAUUUUUUUUUAUUUUUAAUUUAGAAUUAAUUUCUUUAGAUAUCGAUACAUGACAUUUAAAUUUAAGCAGAUUUAUGUUAUUGGAUUUACAAUUUGCAUUAAAUUUAUAAUUUAAUCAGUUAUAUAUAUAUAUUUGUGUAAGUUUCUAUUCAAGUAUGAAAUUUAAUUUGCGUUAGAUUUAAAUUAGAUUUAAUACUGAGUCUAUAUACAUAAUCCGAUCAAUGGAAAUAAUGAAAAUUGCGAAACCAUUGUGUUUUAUGCAAUGUAAAGUGGAGAUCGUGAAUUUAAGAGUCGAUGACAAGGAUUGACUUAGCAAGAGAGAUCAUACGAAACUGAGUGAAGGAAAGGUUACGGUAUAGUGACUACUCAGUCCAUUUGUUGCUUUGGAACGGAUUAAUUUUUUUCCUAUAAGUCAAAUAUUUGAUACUUUUAAUCGAAUCAACGAUGUUUAUGAGUUAUAAAGAGAAAUAACGAAAGAAAAUUUUUCCUCGCCCUUUACAUGUAUAAUUUGUCAUAUGGGAAGAAUGAAGAUACUCAAAUAUUGGAAAAUAUUGGAAGAAAUGAAAAAACUAUGAAAAAUUAUGCAAUGAACACCUGAAAGUGUUCAAUCCAUAGAAAAAAUUAAUAACUUGAAAGUCAAAAAAAACGUUCAAAUAUUAAAAUAAUAAACUCCAGAGCAAUAAAAGGAUUGACUCGGUCACGGACAAGGGAUUAUUAAGAGAACCACGACAUAUCGAUAAAUCGAGAGAAUUCGAACAAGGAACUCGGAGAAGCUGCUAAGUAGCGUUAGAUAAUCAAUUAUCUCAUCAACUUCCUAACUUAUGAAACCAAGUAGACGAAACAAACGGAACUAUACCGAUACUGAAGCAACUUUAAAAACAUUGAAAUGAAACAAAUGUAAUACGCAAAGAUCCAAAAUCUCGACAAAGUACAGAUAUUUUUCACCUGGAGCUAUUUUAAAUAAGGGCCUGCCAAUAACUAUGCGAACGAAGGAAAGAGAUAAGGGGCAGUACUAUGAUCGCGUAAAUUUAGUCGAUUCGCUAUACAUACUUGGAUAGUUGGAUAUACAUACUAUAAAUACAGAUAUAAAUACGGGAUAUAAAUAUUAUAAAUAUUAUACAUACGUUAUGUAUACAUAUAUAUAUAAAUAUAUAUAAAUACUCGAGGACAAUUCGAUGUUGGCUAUAAACUUGUAAACUAUUAGGUAGAUAGAAGAAAAGAGAAAGAAAGGGAGGACUUCCCCCGAAUGAAUGGAAACAAGCGAGUAGAGCGGGUUGCCAGUGUCUAGGCGUACAGGUUUUAUACUAAUCGAGGCAUCUCGAUGCUUUUUGAUGUCUUUGUUAUGUCUAAUUCACUGUAUACUGUGUUAUAUAAUAUUAAUUAAUAUAUAUAUAUAUAAUAUAUAUAAUUAUCAUAAGGAUUGUAUGGUUCUAUUAAGAACUGUGAAAGUUUUUAUAAAUUCGUCAUUAUAGUAUCUAAGAGCGCAUGAAAGGUCUAUAAAAUUUUGUGAUACAUUUGACGAUCGAGUUUUAUGAUAUAGUGCCGUUUAACUGUGUUUGAAAAAUUUGUUGUCGUUUACUUAUUCUUUUAGAACCGAUUAGUUUUGGUCGAUAUAGAUUAAAUUAAGUUUAUUAUUUGGAAAUUCUUGAAUCAAAAUUCAACUGAUCUUAUGUAUGUAAUUAAAAAUUAAUUUAUGAUUACCUGUGUUAAUUACUAUUAUUAAUCGAACCGUAGAAUAUACCUAAUUUGUUAGCUUAGUUCUAAUCUCUGAUUAAGGUUCAUUUUACUCCAACUUAAUUUUAAUUAGUCUUAGACAUAACCUAAGGCUUACCUAUACUAUAUGUACUAAUUUAAAGAUUCGUAUAGUAUAUCUUGAAUAAAAUAAGCUUCGUAUAGUUACGAAUUUAAUAUAAUUUGUAAUAACUUGAAACUUUAUUCUAUAUGAAUCAUUUUACGUUUGUUUAACUACUCUAGUCAAUUCCAAGAUGAUAGACGACAAGAAUAACAAGCUUUAAUUAUUGAUAAAUUACUAAUCUUAAAAUUAUUAAUAAAUCUUUUAUACAAUUUGAAAUAAAAUCCGGAUCUGAAUAAAGUUAUAUCUUCUUCUACGAUUCCGAAUAAAAUUGGGGACUUACACAAUUUUGGUUUCUACAUAUAUCAUAAUAUUUAGACACAAAAGCAUCGAAAUGUUUCAAUAAUUACAGCAAACAAUGCCGGAUCGCUGUUGCUGCGUAUAAGACACUCGAAACUCUGAAAAUCGAUUAAAAGCUCGGCGAACCGAUAGGUCAAGCAUCAUCCCAUAUUUCUAGCUAGAAAAAAAAAAAAAAAAUCAAAACGCGGCUUGUUCCGUCAUUUUUUAUCCUCCCAGUCGUCAGAGAAACACAGUUCCAGUCUUUUAUUUCUUCGCGAGAAAGAAAAAGGGAAAACGGGAAAAGAAAGGGAUGAGUUUUCCUGUAAAUAGUAGGUUUAACGAUUUUUCACGUAGAAGGAGCGAAAAAUAAAAAUGAGAAGUGACAACAUUGAAGAAAUUAGGAAAGGGAAAAAGAACAUUUUUCCGCAAGAAAAAUAUGAAACGAAGGAAGAUGUGGUGACGAAGAGAGAAAAAGGAACAAUUGGAUAGAUUUGCGAAGAAUUCGGUUUUAUAUAGAAUGAGAGAGUGUAGAUUUCAGGGUAUUUAUAUCGAAGGUUAAAUAGUUAUAUACAAGAAAAAAAAUAUUUAAAUAUAAAUUAUAUUAUAAAUAUAAAAAUAUAAAUAUAAAUAUGGAAGAAUAUAUUAUAUAUAUACUAUGUUUUUAUUGUUGUGAAGUUAUUGAAAAAAUAGCCUACGAGUGCUGACUCGUUGGGCCUCCUCGUGUUUCAUCGAUGAACAAACUUUUCUCAAUCUGUCGUCACUUCCAUCGUCAUAUUUCUGUUCUUUUCCUUUUCUUUUUUUUUUUUUUUUUUUCUUAUCGAGUGAAAGCUGGCAGUGGAUGAUCUUUUCUGUCCAAUGUGAAGUUGACUAUAGUGACUAUUAAGAAAUGGAAUUUUUUCGUAGACAUUGUGAACUUGCUUUAAACCGAAAUAAAUUUUAAGGAAACAUCGUUUCGUACGUAACAAUCUUAAGGCGAAUUAAUUAAACAAUUCUAAUUAGAGUCCAAACUUUGUAAUACAAAAAUUAACGUUUAACAACGUUCUCGAAACAUUUUAAAGCAAGUCUCCGGAAAAUUUAAUUUCUUACUUCGAUAAUUCAUUUCCAAUUUUUAAUUAUGUAGAAAUAAUGCAAUCUUUUGUGAAUAUCGUUUAGGUAUCAUGUUUCUCGACGUAUUUAAAAUUGCAUCGAGUAUGAGAAAUGAUUUCUAGGUGACAGAGAGAGGCACGUUCGAUGAAAUAAUGCUUCUGUUCCGAGGCGAAUACUAUGGGAAUGUACCCGCGUUCCUUCGAUGAUGUAAAAUAAUGUUUAUAUCGUAACGAGGAUUCGAAAGACAGGUACUUGCGGAGGUGCGUAGUGGGAAACGCGAUUUCGAAAGCGAACGAACACGAUCCGGACAAUUUUCAAGGUGAUAGGAUCAAAGAUUGAACAAUUUAAAAAAGGAAAGACAUCGUCGAUUCUGAAUAUUUAAACUUAAGGAAAUAAUAUCUCUUGAUUAACAAAUUUUAACAUCUCCCAUACUUUAUUUCAUCAAAUUCACGAAACAUAUUUCGUGAAAAAUAGCCGAACGUUUAAUUGCGCACGUUAAAAUGUUCACGAUGCACCAUGCAACAAAAGAAAUUCAUAUGUCUUCAAGUUUCGAUGAAACUUUAUUAAACUUCUUCGAUAGCGAAGAGAUUCGAUGAUAUUACUGGCUACUGCCAAAAAAUGAAUGUCUUUUUUUAGAGUUAAAAGAAAUCUUCCCUUAUCACCAAAUAUUACUAGCUACUGCCAAAAAAAUGAAUUUCUUUUUUUAGAGUUAAAAAAAAUCUUCCCCUAUCACCAAAGCGUAAAAGUUUAACUAAAAAAGAAAAAAAAAAACAAGGAAAAUGCACUAAAUUGAAGCGAUUCGUUCCCUACCCUCGUCGCGCGCACACGUUACUGCCUGUAGAACGAAACACAACGACUACUACCGUCUCUAGUCUUAGUAAUUUACAUGGUAAUUUCAAUUUUGUAAAUUGAAUGAAUUGGAGAAGAAACCUUCAGCAACUCUCGGUCGAGAAAAUUCGAAAUUCAUUCAAAUCACAGCACAUUCAAUGUAAGAGCUAAAAAGUAGCUUGUGACUAUAAGCCACUGCCUAUAGUCACUACAUGUAAUCUGCACUGUACUAUAGUAAUUAUUGUGACUCCUAUGGUUAUUAUAUAGUAUAGUGUGGUGACAAUCGUAGUCACUGCGACGACUACGCCCAGUCAUUACAAACACUCCUCUAAUCAAAUGAAUUUAAAACGAAUUCAAACGAAUCUCAAAACAAAUUUCCUUUAAAUCUAUUACGUAUAUCGAAUUACGCCUUCAUUUUUACUUCGUCGAUUUUUAAAAACAAGUUUGAGGUUAAUUGUAACUUUUGAUAGAUAAUUCUAAAUCCAAUCUUCAAACGACUAAAACGCAUAAAAAGAAAAAGAAAAGACAAAUCGACGAAACUCUUCGAAGAGGCGAAGGAGAACCUAAAAAUCUCAUGGAAAUCAAUUUGAAUAGGGGGAAUUUGAGUUUCGAGAUCUCGAUCGAGACGGCAACCAUCUCGAUAUACCCGUACUAACCACGCUAGGUUAAGGAUAGCCACGCGUAAAGGACGCCUGAUACAUUUUUUUACCGAACGAAAAGAAAAAAGAAGAAAAAAUGCGAAAAAAAUGAAAAAGAAAUAGAGAUACCAGCUUUAUCUCGAACCAUGAUGUUAGAGGUUAGGCGUGGAAAGGGGUGGAUUUCACCCUCAACUGAACUUUACGAAACGUGUAAUAAAAAGGAGAAUGAAAUGAGAUGACGUAUAGAGCGUUUUAUGCGCUCCGUAUUCUCGAAAAUGAGAAUUUUACGACCUUUCGAAUUUCGAGUUUCGAAAUGUUCCGCUUUAUGGCGAAAGCCACGUGACUCUUUGCGCGACCAAUGGCGUGCCGCCUAUUGGAUCGAUGAAUGGAAAAUGCAGAAAUUAUACAUUGACACAUUGACACUCACAUACAUGAACUAUUACGACGAUACUUAUUAAUGUAAAUGGUUUUUCAUUACUAUAUUAUAGAUGUUACUUAAUAAUAUAUUUACAAAUAAUUAAGCGACA